AUGGGUGACUGGAACCUACUGGGAAGCAUCCUGGAAGAGGUCCACAUUCACUCAACCAUCGUGGGCAAGAUCUGGCUUACCAUUCUCUUCAUUUUCCGCAUGCUGAUCCUGGGGGCAGCUGCUGAGGAUGUAUGGGAUGACGAGCAGUCUGAAUUUGUCUGCAACACUGACCAGCCAGGUUGCAAGGCUGUCUGCUACGAUCGUGCCUUCCCAAUCUCGCUCAUUCGUUUCUGGGUCUUGCAGGUAAUCUUCGUCUCCGCACCCUCACUGGUCUACAUGGGCCAUGCUCUCUACUGCAUCCGAGCACUGGAGAAGGACCGGCAUAGGAAACGAAUACAGCUAAAAGAAGAGAUGGAUGAGGCAGAGUUGCCAUUGGAUGAACAUAAACGACUCGAGAGGGAGCUGAGGAAGCUGGAUGAACAGCGCAAGGUAAAAAAGGCCCCUCUUCGAGGCUCCCUCUUGAGAACCUACAUCAUUCAUAUCCUUACACGUUCUGUGGUGGAGGUGUUCUUCAUCCUCGGACAAUACAUUCUCUACGGAGUCCAACUUGACCCGUUGUAUAAAUGUGAGCGGAUGCCUUGCCCCAAUAGUGUAGACUGUUACAUCUCCCGGCCCACAGAGAAGACAAUAUUCAUGGUUUUCAUGAUAGUCAUAGCUGGUGUCUCGCUUUUCCUCAACAUUCUUGAAAUAUCGCACUUGGGCAUCAGAAAAAUCAAAAAGGCGCUCUCGGGAGAGAGAUACAUGGAAGAUGACAGUGUCAUUUUGAAGUCCAAGAGGAAGGCAUCAGUGUCACAUCAUUGCAUGAUGAGCCAUAUGUCACCUUAUAAUGGACCUUUGACUCAGACCUUUAAAGUCAUACCAGAAGAUGUCAAGCCUCCUCAAUACAUAGGGCUCAAAACAAGCCAUGAGGCUCGAAGGAACAAUAGUACAGCUUAUCUGGGGCACAUUCAAACAAACUACAUCUGCCCCCAACCUAACCUACCACACCAAAAAGCUCAGAACUAUGUCAUUUCCCAAACUCAUCAAGGUCCAGAGGUACUCGCAACAGUAGUGGACAACCAUCUUGGUUUGGAAUCAGAGGCGGUCAAAGCAGAGGAAAGUGCAUCAAGCCCUCCUGAUGACACCCAUCAGAGAGAACAUAUGGACGCCAGCCAUUUAGAAGUUCUUCUGUGCGAUAGUGCUAGACGGAUGUCUUCUAAUAACAACCUAGAUGAUGAUCUCAGGGACUCAGUGGAGAGUGAGGUCCUCAUACCAAAGUCUAGAAAAACUAGCUUCAUGUUCAGACCGCCGUCUGAAAGCUUGUCAUCAGUCAGUCGUUCUACAAGCUCUUCCUUACAUUCCUCUGAAGAAUCAGAUGAACUGGGCUCUCUGCAGGGGGACAUGAUGCCGCCUGCCGCAGGCCGAAGGAUGUCAAUGGCAAAAAAGUGGAAGUGUUGCGCAGGGGCCAUCCCAGAGCCCUGGCAUCGCCCUAGCCAAUCGGGAGGGAAGGUGAGCACGGCCCACCCCUCCUAUUGCAGCUCUGGCAAAAGGGCCAUCGAAAUCCACCCGGGAUCCAGAGCAGUCCCGCAGACCAUCUGCACCCCCAUUAACCGGCCCUUGGGGAAGGGAUGA